AUGAUCCACCAUCCAACCCAAGCAAAGGAACCUCCAAUCGUCGUCAAAAAGGACAGACAAGACGAGAAACGAACAAAAGCACCACCUACCACCUACACAUUGAAUCUAUCAAAACCACACCCAGCCAGCCCACUCGCCAGUUAUCAGCUUCUUCCGGCGACAUACAGACAGAAAUACAGACAGAGACUCCGCAAGUCGAAAGUCCGUAGACUACUACUGCGUAUAUUCAUGUAUCGACCGCAUGUCGACCCAACCGAUAUUUCGACAAAAGGAGACUCGCCUAUCAGAGCAAUUGUUCGCCGUAUUCAGCUCGCCUCAUCUGCAGUACUAGUAUCCAAGCGCCAUCGUGCAUGCUGGCUGGGCACAUGCAGAAUAACGCAUGUGCAUGGAAAGUAA